AUGUUAUCGUUCCGAUUCGCCCACUCAUAUGCGACAUUUGUUGAUCUCGGUCUACAAAUGAAACAGUUAAGUUAUACAAAACAAUUUAGUACAGCACUUUCUUCAUUUAAUAAUCAAUAUCUAAAACGAAUGACUUCCCUGGCUAUCAAUCAAGCUCGUCGCGUAUCUAUUCAUUCGAGUGAUUUCCAACGCGCAGAACUGAGUCAUCAAGAAUUAUCCUCAUCGUUACUUAACAAUCAAUUAAGAAUUCAUUGA